UGAAUUAGUAAUUUGUGAACAUUCCAGAAGGCACGAUGCGUUGUUUAGUUGUUCCUAUGUGUUUUUUACUUGCCUCGGUGUACUGUAAAGAUGCAUUGGACAGCGCUCUGAACUCCGAAGGGUGUGGUUCUGCCACGCGUUAUGGAAGUAGUUUGCAGAGACCGGCUAACGCACGGCUCAUGGAAUUUCCCUGGUUAGCUCGAUUGGGGUAUCAGCAGUCACCGGAAGAUGCUAUCGAGUAUCUUUUCCAGGGAACACUUAUUCAUCCGUUAUUCGUCAUAACGACUGUUUUUGCUGCCGAAUACAGUCGAAACUCUUUGAAAUUUGUGCGGCUAGGAGAUUAUAACAGUACCUCUGAUCCCGAUUGUGAUGAUUCCCAGUGUGCCCCUAUUCCGCAGGACAUUCCAAUCGAGCUGAUUAUCAAACAUCCUAAUUAUAACAAGCCGAGACUUGCGAACGAUCUUGUUCUUCUGAAGCUCAAAAAUACAGCGAAUAUCAAUUCCGAACACAUCGGAACAGCUUGUAUUCCGACUGGGUCCAGCAUUGCCCCGAUAGAGGAAGCACCUUUAUUCGUAGUCGCAUGGUGCGGUAGCCGGAAAGCCGGAAUUUCGGUUAUUCCCCGUCAGUACCGGAUGCAGAAGAUGAGCCAUGUGAUUUGUGCCGAAAAGUUGAAGGACCAUAUGAGCAUCGAUCUGCAUCGUUCGGAAUUGUGCGCGGCUCUGAACCUGGACAAGCAAACGCAAAUAGAGGACAUCAAUCUACGCGGAGGCACUGGAGCUCCGGUGCACACGAUUGGGCCAGAUCGCAAGUUCUAUGUGGUGGGAAUGCUGUCGGUUGGCGUUCGUGAUGCCCCUCUUGGAAUGCCGUACGUUCUGGUCGAUUUGCGGGAAAUGUCCGACUGGUUAGAGACAACUGUUGCCGACCAGCUGAAUAACGUUCGUUUCAAUAGAACCGGAUACUUGUCUAUGAGCGUUUUCGGCAACUUCUCUUAAAAUCAAAAGAUUCAAUUUGCACAAGCUGAUCCGACGAACAAGUGACGUCGAAAUGAGUUAACGUCAUUCGAAAAUUAAUCUUUUAAAAGGAAAUAUCGCUGGGGAAAUCCUAAUACUUUACAAUACGUAAGUUGUAUGACGGGUUAAAAAAUCCAAUUAAAUGGAAAAUGUAAAAAAAUGCACUUUUUCAUCAAAAAAUUAAAAACUAGUAACAAAAAUUCAAAUAUUUUUAAUCGUGCUUAACAUUAAUUCUUUUUUUUUUAACAUCAUGCGUUAAUUCAUUCAUUUAUCAAAUAUCUGAUAUCUGAUGUUCCAUAUUCUGAACUAGAAAGUUACUUGAAAAUGAAUUCUAAGCAGUCAUGUUUUCAAAUUUGGGAAUUCAUAUUUCCGAAACACCAGAAAAAGAGUUAAAAUCAAAAUUUCGAGUAAAGCUUAAGACACAAGAAUUUAUGCACAGAAAUAGAAUACAUAAAAUGUAACACCAGAUUUUAAAAAAAUCUGAAUUCUCAAAUAAAUGUAAGAUGAGAUUAAAAAUAAAGCAUGAUUAAAAAUUAUUAGAAAAAUGACAAUGAUUUUUUUUU